CCUUUGACCGCGCGGGGCCGGGCGGGAAGGACGGCGCGGCGGACUGGUGGCUCGGAGUGGCGGGCGACAUGUUCCGGGCACCGGACAGCGAGGGUGGCCGGCCCGGCCCCAGGGCCGCAAAGCCUCCGGGAGGAGAGCCAGGCGAUCGUCCAGAGGAAGCCGCACCUCCACGCAAGCCGGACAGGAUGGCUUCUAAUAUUUUUGGACCAACCGAAGCACCUCAGAACGUACCCAAGAGGACCAACCCCCCCGGGGGAAAAGGAAGCGGUAUAUUUGACGAAUCGGGGCCUGUGCAGACUCGACCGCGUCUGAACCCACCGGGGGGCAAGGCCAGUGACAUUUUCGGGUCCCCCGUUGCUGCUGCCUCACCCACGGCACACCCAAACAAACCCAAGGACCACAUGCUCCUGUGUGAGGGAGAGGACACACCAGACCUCAGAGCCAGUGCCUCACCCAGACAAGAGCCGGGCGAGCCCGGCGGCCCGAGAGAAGCAGCUUGUGUCCAGGAGCCGGCGCCCACCAUCGACAGCCACGAACCCCGGCUGGGUCCCCGGCCUCGCUCCCACAACAAAGUCCUGAACCCGCCCGGAGCUGUCAACAGAAAACCAAAAUGCUGUGUUCCGUCAUAUGCUUUAUGGAGAGAUCUUGCACCCUGCUUCUGCCCUCUCAAACCUCGGCCAGGUCUUAACGUAGGAAUCUCUGCUUUUUGUCCACGAGAGACUGGUUUAGACUCGACUCUACAGGCAGUCUUGCUUGUGAGUUGUUCCUUUUAUCCUCAUCAGCCUUAAGUCUGGGCCUUUACUCCUCACCAGUGAUGUGGACUGCUCCCUUCACCAGCGACACUUCCUGUCGGCAAGACCACUACCUUCUACAGGACUUUAAAACUACCCAGACAUAUCCAGGUACUGGCGUUGUUUAAACUGUUCCUGUGUCCUCCUUUAUAUUCCUGCUGACAGUGGGAAGCAUAGAUGCCUGAGAACCCUGGGUUCUUAGGUUUGGCUUCUUUGGUAAUAGCUCAAGACCUGUUCUCAAGUGCCAGCUUUACUUCAGUAACUGUUGACUCUAGUCUUUCUGACACCUUUCUAGAAAAAAGUCUGUCGCUCAGGUACACCAAAGAGGAGGGAGAGUUUUCUUAGGGCACCCUUUCUAAAGCUUUGCAGAACCUCUGGGCCACAUUCAGUUUCCAGACAAGACUUAAGAGACCUUAGGCCAGGAGAUUAAAUAGUUUGGCAGUACAUUCUCAACUGGCUCAUUCCAUGGUAUUUGCCAGCAGAGAUACCAGACUGGCAAGAGUCAUGAGUCUGUCCGAUGGAAGUUUCUCCCAUUGCACCUCUAAAGGGCUACAGUGUCAGUACCUAUACUACAGUCACGGGAGACCAACAGUUUGUCGGGGGGAACUAUGGGUAUGAGUGCCCACUGAGUUCAUACAGGUGCUAGAAACGUCUUCAUCACUACAGUGUGGCCACGCGUGUAGUGGCCUGAGCACUCCAGUGCCUGUGGGAGCUCCCCGCCAGGCUCCACACCCUCCACCAGCACUGGGGGUCUCCACGGUGCUUGCCAACCAAAGACCCGCUCCUGUCCACCUGCUGACUCUGGAGCUGAGAGACUUAUUCCAUGUGAUUCUCUCAAGCGCCUCCUGUCUCCCUCCAGCCUUCAAGUGGUCGUUUAUAAGAAAGUUGUCUGGAAUUCAGAGCAUUUUUUCCCCCAUUAAAAACUGACAUAACUGGUGAUUAGCUAUUAAGCUCAAACACACUGACUUACAGAAGUUACAAUGAGAUGUUCCAAAAGUAGGCGUGAACUAUUUAUAACCGUUUUGUUGUGUUCUUUAACAUACAAGAAAACGAUUUGUGGAUUCCAUAUUGGAUGGUCAAGAAGACCCUGAUAUGCUGCUGGCCCUCAGGACUUCGACCUUACUGUCAGCUGCACAAGGGGAAGAGCUUUUUAAAUCGGUCCCCUGGCGGGGACUUUGGGGCAGAGCUGGGAACCAAGGCUGAGUGGGGGUUGGGGGAGGAGAUCACCACCAGGGCAGAGCCCAACGCAGCAGGACCGCGUUGCCUUACUCUCGUCCCGUUUCCCUCUUCCUUUCCUUCCUUGGGGCCGUGGGCCUGGGUUGAGGGAGCUGGGAUGGUCUGGUCAUGGGAGGAGCCACAGAAAACUUUGCUCCUUUGAACCUGAUGGGAGAGGCCAUUUGUAUUUGGAAAAUGCUCUGUACGUUGGGGAUUGCCUAUGUUUGGGAGGUUCAUUAACUCUCUGCAUCCUUUUCUCAGCCUCCAAGCUACAUUGAGAGAUUACUGGUCUGUGUUUUUAUUAAGCCUUCAAACUUUUUUUACAUGCAUUUAGUGCCAACUUUUUUGUAAAGCUGUCAUUGGAAACAACAAACCUGUGCUCACGUCACAAUGUAACCUUGAGAGGAGCCUAUUAUUUUUACAAGGCAGGAGUGGGUGUAGCUUUUGAAUUAAACUUAGCAAUCAUGUA